GCCACCCCCAUCCUCUAUUCUCUUGGGUCCCUCUUCUCCUCUGCCUCUUACGUGGAUCCCACUGCUUCCAAGCUCUGGUUUUUGUCACUCCAUGUAAGAGAAAACCUACUUUCCCCUGUUCUCUGAUCCUGGAUUCAUACAUCAGGAGUCUAAAGCUGCUAUUUUGAUCCCAAAGAUCCAAUCACAAUCGGUUUUUUACGAUUAUCUCUCAGAUUCUAUCAAGGAGGCAUCAUCUGGGCUUAGGCACAUAAUUACGAUCCAAAUGGCUGCUUUCAUGAGGCCAGCCAUCCUUCUCUCUUUUCUCUUCUCUCUCAUUCUACCUUGUUUGGCCCAGAACUGCCUCAGCGACACCUUCUCCAACAACAGGCUUUACACCCUCUGCAGCUCCCUUGGCCUUCUCAGCGCCACCCUCCACUGGACCUACCACCCUUCCAACGGCACCGCCGAUAUUGCCUACGUGGCGCAGCAGGAAUCCUCGGGGUUCGUCGCCUGGGCCAUCAACCCCUCCGGAUCCGACAUGAUCGGCGCCAACUCCAUCCUCGCCUUCCACGACUCCGCCGGUGUGGUCACCGCGAUCACCUAUGAGUUCUCCAACUACACUCCUUCGGUGCGGGACAGCAACCUUAGCUUCAGGGUUUACAGCCGGGAGGCGGAGUACUCCGACGGUAAGUACACCAUCUACGCGACGGUGGCGCUGCCCGGCAACCGCACGACGUUGAACACCGUGUGGCAGGCCGGGCAGGUCAGUGGAGGGGUGCCCGUCAGUCACGCUUUAAGCGGCGAUAACAUCAAGUCGAUGGGAAGCACCGAUUUCCUGACCGGGGAGUCGUCCGGCAGUGGAGGGAGCUCAAGGCUACACCGCAAGAAUAUCCAUGGGGUGUUGGAUGCUGUGAGUUGGGGUGUUUUGAUGCCUCUUGGAGCUAUCAUUGCGAGGUAUUUGAAGGUGUUUAAAUGGGCUGAUCCUGCCUGGUUCUACCUCCAUGUUGCUUGCCAGUGCUCCGCGUAUAUAAUUGGGGUCGCCGGAUGGGGUCUUGGCCUCAAACUUGGCAGUGAAUCUAAUGGAAUUACAUACGAUAGUCACCGGAAUAUUGGAAUCGCCCUCUUCUGCUUAGCCACACUUCAGAUAUUUGCACUGCUUCUGAGACCCAACAAGAAGAACAAAUACCGCAUCUACUGGAAUAUCUACCACCACUCGGUCGGAUACUGUGUCAUAAUCUUGAGUAUUGUCAACAUCUUCAAGGGUUUCGAUAUCUUGGACCCUGCCAAGAAGUGGAAACGUGCUUAUAUUGCAGUCAUCGCAACGCUCGGAGGCAUUGCACUGGUUCUGGAAGCUGUUACAUGGCCUAUAGUUCUGAAGAGGAGGUCGAGGAGCUCCGAGAAGUCCCACCAUGGUGCAAAUGGGGCAAAUGUGUAUGGUGGCAGGCAAAAUCAGGUGGCGUAGAUCUAUUGUGACUUGUUUUAUGGGGCUUGUUUGGAGAUAUCUCUUUCCAUGAGGACCAUGGGCACACAGUUACUGGUCUUUCUUAUCAUACUAGAUUGGUAGGCAGGCAUUUGAUUGCCGCUUAGAGAUACACUUUAUUUGUUUUUUCUUUUUGGCUUGUAUAUUCCGUAUAGAUUGGGGAUCUUCGUCCCAUUUUACGGGGCUUGCUUCUCGUAUACAUCACUUGCUUUAUAUUGAGGACUACAUAUUUUUUCUUGCA